AUGGAGCCAGGAAAGGAGAGGAGCAGCGUCCUCGUAAUUGGUGGCACAGGUCACAUUGGCAAGCAUAUUGUUGCUGCGAGUAUCCGCCUUGGCCAUUCAACCUCUGUCCUCGUCAGGGAUGCCACACAAUCAGAUCCAGCCAAGGCACAACUACUCAAGAACUUUGCUGAAUCCGGUGUUGCUCUCAUCAAAGGAGAUUUGUUUAAUCACGAGAGCCUUGUUAAAGCCAUUAAGGGUACAGACAUCAUCAUCUCGGCUGUGGGGCCCCGUCAACUUGCCGAGCAGACGAGGAUUGUCACGGCUAUCAAGGAUGCUGGCGAUGUAAAGAGGUUCCUGCCAUCUGAGUUUGGCUCUGACGUAGAGCGGGUUCAUACCGUGGGUCCAGUGGCCUCAUUGUACGCUAAAAAAGUCGACCUCCGCCGUCUGAUCGAGGCGGAGGGUAUACCUCACACUUAUGUCUGCUGCAAUGGAUUUGCUGAAACCUACCUGCCAAGCAUUGGUGAUGUUACAACUGUUGGUGCUGGUCCUCCAUCCAGCAAAAUCACCGUCUUAGGUGAUGGAGAUGCAAAAGUGGUAUUUGUGAUGGAAGAGGACAUAGCUGUGUACACGAUAAGAGCGAUUGAUGAUCCGAGAACCCUGAACAAGAUCCUCUACAUGAGGCCACCAGCUAACAUCAUAUCCCACAACGAGCUCAUCUUAAUGUGGGAGAGGAAAGUGGGUAAGACUUUACAGAUAUCGCGCAUCCUGGAGGUGGAUCUCCUGGAGUGGAUCAAAGAGGCGGCAUUCCCUCUGAACAUAUUGCUGUCCAUCGCGCUUUCCAUCUUCGUCAGAGGUGACCAGGCUAACUUCGAGAUCGAGCCAUCCUUUGGCGUCGAGGCCACCGAGCUCUACCCUGACGUGAAAUACACCACUGUCGACGAGUACCUUAACCGCCUUCUCUGACCUGCCUGUAAUGGAACCCAAUCACAAUUGACAUCCUCAAUGAAGGUGGCUGAAC